AAUGAAUACACCAAGGUCCCAAGGACGAGCCUUGCCACCAGCGUGCCUUCCUGCAGGUCUGUGUCAUCCAGCGAAGAUGGCCCCAGCAGCCACUCUGGCCGCUCCCAGCAGUCAGACAGAGAGGCCACUCGAAACGUGCAGGAAGGCAUCAGGUAUCGAAUCCUCCACCUGUCUGAGCAGCUCAGAGUGGAGAGGGCCAGUCGGGAUGAGAACACGAGGAUUUACCUCAAGGUGGUGGCCAGUGCUGACCGUCACCAGGCCGCGCACAUCCGGCAGGCCUUUGAGAAGAUAAACCAGCGCACCUCGGCCUCCAUCUCGCACAUUGAAUGCAGGCUCCGCCAGUGUUGCCAGCAGCUCCUGGAGCUGGAGGGACGAAGGCCCAGUGGCCUAGCCCUCAAGGCAGAAGACAGCCUGGACAAUGUCCAGCAGCCGGGUGGUGCUGUUGGAGCCGAUGCUCCCGAGAGUUACGUCUGCAGCCCGCAGCGGCAGCGAGAACUCCUGCUGCACAGGGCAGAAGAGCAGCUGGAGGUGGUCAGGAGCUCGUGCUUGAGCUUGCAGGGGGGCUAUGAGAGCCUCCAGGAUAGGUAUCUCUCAGACCUGCCCGAGUCACUCGAGUCCCUUCAGGAGCAGAGGUACAG